AUGGACAGAUACACCUUCCCCUGCGACCCAAAGCCCAACCCCGCCGCAGUCGUGUCCGGCCCCCAUUACCGCUUCACCCUCAUCAACGACACCGUGCUGCGCUACGAGUGGUCCCACGACGGCGUCUUCCAAGACCGUGCGUCUACCUUUGCCAUCAACCGCAACUUCCCCCCGCCAAAGUACACCGUCAGGGACUCGGGCCACGGCCAUCUCGAAAUCAUCACCCCCAACAUCCACGUCACCUACGACAGGCGGCGCUUCAGCCGGAGCGGCCUCGCCGUCGGCUUCACCAGCAAAGUCACCCUCUGGGGCGCGGACUGGCACUACGGCGAUGCCGCAAAGGACAACCUCGGCGGCACCGCCCGGACCCUCGACAACGUCGACGGCCGCUGCGACAUGGGCGACGGCAUCCUCUCCCGCGCCGGCUUCUCCACCGUCGACGAUAGCCGCUCCAUGCUCUUCGACGGCCGCGGCUUCGUCGCCCCUCGGGCGUCCGGUGACCGCGUCGACGGCUACCUGUUCUGCUACGGCCACGACUACAAGGCCGCCAUCAAGGCCUUUUACGACAUAUCGGGCCAUCAGCCCGUCCUGCCGAGGUGGGCUCUCGGGAACUGGUGGAGCCGAUACCACCCCUACACCGCCGACGAGUACCUCGGGCUCAUGGAUGCCUUUGCCAGCCGCCAGGUGCCGCUGUCCGUCGCCGUCGUCGACAUGGACUGGCAUCAAGUAAAGGGCGACCACGUUCCGCACGCCGGCUGGACCGGAUACACCUGGGAAAGGAAGCUCUUUCCUGACCCGACCGCCUUCGGCAAGGCCCUCCACCAGAGACGGCUCAAGAUCACCCUCAACGACCACCCCCACGCCGGCGUGCACCACCACGAGGACCUGUACCACGUCUUGGCCGAAGCUCUUGGCCAUGACGCCUCCACCAAAGCUCCCAUCUUGUUCAACCCCACCGAUCCGGACUUCAUGCAUGCCUACCUGACCAUCCUCCAUCGCAGCCUGGAGAAAGAUACCUGCGAUUUCUGGUGGAUCGACUGGCAGCAAGGCCCGAUUUCGCGGAUCCCGGGGCUCGAUCCUCUCUGGCUCCUAAACUUCUUUCACUUUCAGGACCACGUCAAGGAAAAGGGCCCGGGCAGAGCCAUCAUCUUCUCGCGAUACGCUGGGCCGGGCAGUCAUCGAUAUCCCGUCGGCUUCUCAGGCGACAGCGUCGUCACCUGGGAGUCGCUCAAGUUCCAGCCCGAGUUCACGGCCACCGCGUCCAACAUCGGGUACGGUUGGUGGAGCCACGAUGUCGGCGGCCACCUGGGGGGCUCUCGAGACGAUGAAAUGGCCGCCCGAUGGGUCCAGUACGCCGUCUUCUCCCCAAUCUUCCGCCUUCACUCCUCGCUCAGCCAAUGGACGUCCAAGGAACCGUGGGGGUACCGCAAAGAAUCGUGCGACGUAAUGCAACGUUUUAUGCGGCUGCGGCACAGACUCGUGCCAUACCUGCACACCAUGAACGCGACCGGAGGGGCCGAGCCGCUCGUCCGCCCGCUCUACUGGGAAUACCCGGCGCGUGCCGAGGCGUACGAAAAGCCAAACGAGUACUUCUUCGGCUCCAGUCUUGUAGUGGCCCCGAUUGUGGAUCCUCGGCAUGCCCGUACGAAUCUCGCCAAGGCGAGUCUUUGGGUUCCUCCGGGACGCCACGUUGAUCUCUUCACGGGACUCGUAUAUGACGGCGAUCGAGAGGUUCAAAUGUACCGUCCCCUGGAUACGAUACCUGUCCUCGCACCCCAAGGAUCCAUCAUCCCCCUCGAUGCGGACCGUUUCCCAAAGAAUGGAUGCAAAAACCCAACCACCCUUGAAGUUGUCGUCGUCGUCGGCAAAGACGCAAAGUUUACCAUUAUAGAAGAUUAUGAUGAUGACGAUGAGCCUGCUGAGACGGGAGACGUUUCCGAAAAGGAGACACCGACAGCGCGUGGAGAGAUUGAGCUGGAAUUCAACCAGUCACAGGGCCGACUGCGGACGACGCCGUCAUCGAAGCAGUGGCAGUUCAGAUUCCUGGGCGUCAUGGCUGUUCCAUCCACGUUGGAAGUCAAGGUUGGCGGUGCGCCUGCACGGUGUGACGCGCAUGUUGAGCAGGAUUCCGAGUGCCCGGGGCUUGUGGUCGAGGUUCCAAGACCGAGCAUAGCCAAGGCAGUAGGCGUUGAGAUUACCGUGGAUCAGGAUAUGCAAUUGAGUGUCGUGGACACCAGGGCACGGCUGACAAGCUGGCUGAUGAGUGCCCAGAUGAAAUUCGACCUGAAAGACAGGAUAUUGGGAGCGGCUGUGAAGGAGAAGACACCGUUGGCUAGUAGAAUUGGAGGAUUGCUGAGUCUGGGGCUAGACCAUGAUGAGGUCGGGCCAGCGUUGGAGUUGCUCACGGCUGACAGCCGCUCAUGA